AUGACAGAAUCAGAGAUUUUAUAUUAUCCACCAAGCAUUGAAGUUAAUAAACAUAAGUUACAACAUGUUCAAGAUAUAACAUCUUUAGUAUUAGGAAUAGGAUCAGGAAUAUUAACACUUGAAUCAUUCAAUGGAUUUAUAUUUUACUUUGUUGGUCUUACUAUUGCCAAUGGAUUGUUCUAUAUAAUAUGUGGUGAAGGUCAAGCUAAUAAAUUCUUUAAGAAACCAUUACAAGAGAUAUUUAUUAAUGGACUCUUGGGUAAUGUACCUGCAUUUAUUAUGAUGUGGUGUUUAGUAUAUGCUUUAGUUAAAUCAAGUUCGUAA